UAUAACCAUGUCCUGGAGCCUGGUUCACUCGGCCGGCGGCCAGAGUUUGAACAAACUUUAUUGGCAGCGGAGCGAGCAGUGGGAUCAUGGGAAGGCGAUGGCGGUAUCUCCGCCGGGGAGCCGCACGACUCGGUCCCGAAAGAUGGAAUAGCAGAUUUUACUUAGUUGAAUAAAAAUGGCUGCAGUGGAGAACCUGGCUGGUGAGGCUGAAUCAACUGAAGGUGGAAACGAGAAUAAUUCUUCAUUUGCCGAAAUUCCAUACAUCAAGGUGGAGCCACAUGCUGAAAGUCUUGCAGAAGUGGCUCCUUCACAAAAUGUUGCUAUGGGAAUGAAAUUUGUUCUUCCCAAUCGAUUUGAUAUGAAUGUUUGCUCUCGAUUUGUGAAGUCUCUGAAUGAGGAAGAAAGUAAAAAUAUUCAGGAUCAGGUGAAUUCUGACCUGGAAGUGGCCUCUGUAUUAUUUAAAGCUGAGUGCAAUAUACAAACUUCUCCUGGAAUUCAAGUAAGACACGUCUACACACCAUCUGUAACCAAGCAUUUCUCACCCAUUAAACAGUCAACAACCCUGACUAACAAACAUCGUGGAAAUGAAAUAUCUGCAGCACCCUUACUCUUGCACUCUUUGUCUGUACAUCAGCUGGCAGCCCAAGGAGAAUUGCUUUAUUUGGCAAGCCGUGUAGAGCAAGACAAUCUUCUAAACAUGCAAGAUGAGCAAGGGUUUACUCCACUCAUGUGGGCAGCAGCUCAUGGACAAAUUGCAGUGGUGGAGUUUCUACUACAGAAUGGAGGUGAUCCACAUCUUUUAGCAAAUGGCAGGGAGAGUGCACUUUCAUUGGCCAGCAGUAAAGGCUACUCAAACAUUGUAAACAUGCUGCUUGACUUUGGGUGUAAUGUAAAUGAAUAUGACUGGAAUGGGGGAACUCCUUUGCUUUAUGCUGUGCAUGGAAAUCAUGUAAAAUGUGUGGAGAUGUUGUUGGAAUAUGGUGCUGAUCCAACUGCUGAAACGGAUUCAGGAUUUAAUGCUAUGGAUAUGGCGGUAGGGCUGGGUUUCAAAAAUGAUGCCCCAAAAAUGAAUAUAGAGCCAGGGAGAUGAUGUCUGCCAUUGACCUGUUUCAGCAGUAAGAAAAUUGCAAUGGGUCGAGUUCAACAGGUUAUUGAAGCCCAUUUGCUGAAGUUGCUUUUUAACAUUAGAGAGUAAUGAUGUGGUACUUCUAGCAAUCACAGCAGAAUGAAUCUUCACCUGAAUGGUCUGGAUUUCUGAGAGAAAGUUCCAGAAUGUUUAUGUUUGACAGUCGGCUAGUCAGCUUACCGAUUGUUGCAAUUUUAAAUUAGUCCUGAUCCAACUUUGUAUAUGUAACAUGUUCAUUAUCUUCCAGUGAAGGGGAUAAGACUAGUGAAUAUGAUUAAAGACUUGCUUUGUAAUUUAUUGGGGGUAUAUUAUACUAUUUGUAUUGAGCACUAAUGAGCCCAAUGCCAUAAAGGGAAACCAUAUGUUGAAGUACUGUAAGACUACACCAAGAUUACUUUGGUCUAAAAUAGAGGGAAUAAAAUUUCCUGAAGAAAUAACUUAUAUUACAUUUGCCUCUGUCAUUAUUGAAUAGGAAUCAUAGUGAAUAAUGUUCAAUUCUUAUAAACCUGUUACUGAUUUUUGGAACUCUAUUGUCAAGCAAGAAGGAAAACUUGGAGUGGUCAAACCAUAGUGGGGUUGUGUGGAAAUACAGAAGGUAUUUUAUAUUGACUGGUUUCGUGUUGAAACUGACAAUGGAAGUUUAGAAACUACUUCAACAAUCUGCUUCAGGCUGAUAAUCUGAUGCCUAAAGCCAAAAGAAAAUCUACGGUACUGAUUAAUGUCGGAUCAUUUCACUUCACUGGUGGAACCUGAAAUUAUAGACCUUUCACAAUGGAUGAGGGAGGGGAAGAAACUGCCAUUUUCCAAGUCUGCUCCUGAAAUUCAGGUAAACAAAUACUAACUAGAUGUAAGAGUCUAAGAGUAAUUUUUUUGCCAAAUAAUUAUGCAAAUGAUUUUUGUUGGCUAUAAGAACCCUAGCUCCCAGUGAUAGAUCUAUUUAAACAUCAGAUGAGAUACUCAAGUUCGCAGUAACCCCAUAUGAAAUAGACAAUAUACUAUUAAAGCAAAACAUUAUCUUGGUGCAUAAACAUUUCCAAGCGUUUGAAUUUUGAACAUUAAAAGAAACAUUAAAGAGCACAAUUUGAAAUUUUGACUGUUCUAAAAGCUUUAAUCUUGUGUUCUCAGUAAUGUGUUUCCACAGCCCCUGUACUAAUCUACAUUGUGUGAAUGAGUUUUGUUAAUGUGGAGUUCCGGGACUAAAGAAUCAAAAUUUGAGAUCCCAAAUGCUAAUUCCUUUAAAAGGCGCCCUACUUAAUAAUUUAGGUAAUUUAAAAAGCUCCUGUACCAAUAUUAAACCAGAACAUUUAACGGUGUAUGUAAAUGAACUGACAUUAUUUUUUUAAACUUUAGAAUUUAAUCAAGAGUGAUAGCAAUAACAAUUGCAAUGUCAGUUUAAAGGUGACGUCAGAUCGGUUCAAAUCUGAAAAGUGGUUGACACUUAAAUCCAUUUAUUGGACUUUUAGUUUUACAAGGCAAUUAGAUUGCAUUUCCAGUUACGUUACUUGAAGAGAUUAUUUUUAAUAUUUUUUCUCUCUUAUUUAUUUUGAUAGCAGUAAGCUUUGCUUACUAGUUUGCUUGCCUGACUAAGUUGUUUUGUGGCUGAGGGAGGAUGGAAUAUCUGCAUGACUUAUGUUGGGAAAUCCAUGGAAGAACUGCAGAUCACCUCAUCUAGUAUAUUUCAAAUUGCAUGACCUUCCAAAGUUAGGACAAAAUCUAACCAGCAGGUUCAGAAAUAAUUUCAGGUUAAUAUUCUUUUGCUGCCUAUUAUUGUUGAAAACUUGUCUGUUUGUUCUAUUAAGUAUUUGAUCCAACUGUCCUUGCUAACAUAUUUUAAACAAUUGUAUUUUGUUAGGGAUGCUUGUAAAAGAUAAUUUUUAUUAAAAUUCUAAAGUUUUUUAUAUAUGA